AUGCCCCACUCUUCCCAGCCAGUGGAGGCGAUGGCGGUAGCGGCUGGAGAUGCAGCUGAUCCUCUUCCUCCUCCCGAGGACUCAGUAUGCGACGAUGUGAAUCCGAAGAAGAAGGCACGGCUGAGGACCAUAGGGACGGGCAAGGGUAGGAAGAUGUUCAGGCCUCAGGAGCUGGAUGUCCUGGCAAACGUCGUACACGAGGUCCGGCCGCUGCUGGCCAUUCACUGGGACCGUGUUGGGGAUGUGUACAACUCCCAUCCCUCCAUAUGCUUUCCUAGGGAUGCACAUUCGCUCAGGACCAAGUACAUCUCAGUGCUGAGGGACGCGAAGAAGGGUGUCGAGGACGACGAAGCGAAGUCGGCAGUGUACGAGAAGUUUCUUGCAGCUGAGAAGGCCAUUGAAGCGCGAGCAGCUGCAGGUGAUAUCCGAGACUUGCAGGACGAUGAUAGCGCCCUCGAUAAGGAGCAUGCUAGAGCUUCCGCCGCAAUUAAGGGCUGCAUGAAGAGUGAUGCAGAGGGCGUUUGGGCCAUCCUUCAAGCGAUCAAGGCCGAGCGGGAAACAUGGAAAAUUCUUGACGAAGCCAGGGAGGAAGAAAGGAAAAAGAGGGAAGAUGCAAGGGAGGAAGAGCGCAAGAAGAGAGAGGAGGAAAGGGAGGCAGAGAGGAGAAGACGAGAGGACGAGAGAGAAGAGCUGAGAAAGAAGCGAGAAGAAGAGCGCGAGGCACAGAAAAGAAAAGAGCGUAUGAUCAGAGAUGAGGAACGGAGAAAGGAUCGGGAGCUUGAGAGACAGGAGAGACAAGCUCUCUUGAACGUUAUGAUGCGUCUGAUCGGCGAAGAUGCGUCAAAACUGGAGUUUGCUAAGCAGAAAUGA